AUGUCGACAGUACAACAAGACGAAGCAGCGCCCGCUAUACGAUUCAAGCGCCGCAAGAUCGCGCAUCCGAAGCGCGUCUAUGCCGAAGACGAUGCGCCUACGGUCUCCGCCUCACAUUCGCCCGACGCUGCGACUCUAAACGAUGCGCCUCCGCCACUGAAAGAAGCUAACGAUGAAGAGGAGUCGGUUCCGAACCUGAAAGAGAUAUUGCGCAAUCGAAAGCGUCCACGAGAUCGCUUAAAGGAAACCACACGCAAAGCAGAGCCACCACGGACAGAGUUGGUGCAAGUAGAAGCGCCCCGGCCAGACCAAUAUACAAGUCGCUUUGUCGCGCAGACGGGACAAGUAGUAGACCGCGAUGACAAGCAGAUGUCGGAAUAUGUAGAAGCUCGCAUGGCUGAAAAGAACUAUCGCCAGUACGGCUGGCCCAUACCAAACCACCUUCAGGGUUCCGUAGCAGCCAUCGCACCAGAUCUGCGGCAUACGUUCACAUCCAGCUCAACGACACAUUCCACAUCGGGUAGCACCGAUAGUCCUGCGGAUAACGAGCACAGCAACCGGUUGGCGGCAGGCCAGGGCAAACUUCAAGAAGUAGACCUGGGUCCAGAAGCUGCCGCGCGUACAGAACAAGCCUGGAAACGAUGGGACAAGGGCGAGCCUGAGCCACCAGCAAGCAAAGCACGACGCGACAAGUACGGCUACGCGUGGCGCAAACCCAAAGCCAACGGGAAGACGGAGGAAGAUAAACGACGCGACCAAAUGGUCGAAGCUGUACUCCGAGAAGCUAAACUCGACUUCUUCGAUUCCACCACUCCCACAAAUCCUCACACCAAUCCUUCUGUCAACACCGACGACGCUCUCGUCGAACAAUUUCGCUCGGAAUAUUUCGAGUCCAUGGAAGCAAAACAACAAGCACGUAAACCAGCUGUUCCCGCCGUCAAGGGUGCGCCGCCACCCAUCACAGGCCCCAAGUUGGGCGGCAGCAAGAGCGCAAGGGCCAAGAUGCACAAGUUACAACAGGAAGAGGCUGCGAGGAAAAAGAGGUAA